GUCAGACCAAUCCUGCUUGCCUUGCUACAUUGCCUCCUUCCCUUGCCUCACUACCACACAAGGCUCGCGAGCUUUGCUCCUGCAAAAAGUGCUCUCACAAGGCACAGCCUUCCUUUUCUUCCUUUCUCCUACUUGACAGUGGAAAGCAAGCAGUACACGCCCACGAAGGUAGGUAACACAAGGUCUUCCUUUUCUCUGGACUUGUCCAUGGGGAACUGCAUGGAGAGAUGUGGAGGUACGAGGCAGAAGAAGGGAGAAGAGAGUGGGCCAGAGAAGGGGGAUGACGGAGGCUGCAAGGUUAAGAUCCUGCUGACGAGGAAGGAGCUGGAGUGGCUGGUGCUGCACUUGAAGAAGAACGGGGAGCAGAAGCUGGAGGAUGUGCUGAUGGAGAUGGAGAUGGAGAAGGAGAGAGGGAAAGGGAAAGGAAAAGGGUGGAAACCAACUCUGGAGAGCAUAGUGGAGAUCCCAGAGGUCCUGAUCAUUGACCACCCUGCUGUUUAAAUCACUUCCCUCAAGAACCUCUUGAUAGGUAUGACUCCAAUUGGGUACAAGCAAGCAUAUGAAUUGAGACUUGUUUUUUGUUUUUUGUUUUUAUCUCCAUGAUUUAAGUGAGAGGCACAAAUCUUCUGAUGGUAAGGUGCCUAAGAUGGAGGUCCUGUAAAUAUUUAAUAUUGUAGUUAUGUUUGAUCAGGAGUGAGUUACCGAUCUGAACACUUUAAUUAUAUAUUUGAGGACUCUACAUCUAAUAUGAGAUCAUUCAUUUGCA